AUGACGAGCUACGCGUGUUUCCAACAGUAUGAUCUUCUCGACUCAGAAGGUUACGGAUCAGCAAGUAGUCCAGAAUCAAAUCCAAGGUCAUACCGCCAACCGCAAGCUGUACCAGAGUCUUAUCCACAACCCCCUCGCUCACGUGGCAGCAGUUGUGACAGCAUAAGCUCUAUUGACAGCCACAAUCACCAAGAGUACCGCGACCUAAAUUCAUCAAUGAACGGCAGUGUAUUCCCCGGUCUCGGUGGUAGUUUUAAUUUCACCGAAUUCUACGAGGGCUACAACCGCGAAGCCGCCAAGUGUGAACAAAAUUACGAUCCAUUCAAAGCCAUCAGCUCCAAAGACCACAAGUCAAACUACCGUACUGAAUUUAUAAACGACGAUUCCUAUGAUUUGGGUUAUUUAGAAACCGAAAAAUCCUUCAAAUCUCACACUCCACAUCAACAAAAACCCCCAGUCAAUAUACAAAAUGACUUUUUCAUAAAAAACAACGUAUACAACAAUCAGGAUAACCAAAAUAUUAAAACUGACGUGUUUACUCACAGAGCCGACGUACUCUACGCCGAAAAUUACCAAUUAGCCACGACGAAAAAUGAAUUUGAAGCCAACAGAAAUAAUAAGUGUCAUCAAAUUUCCACGAGGUUUCGUCGCGACAGUGAAGCGUCAAUAAGUCCCUCGCCUUAUCCAGCCCAAAAAAUAAAGGAAACCCUCCAGAAAAUAAAAAACACAACGCCGGGAAUCGAAGUGAUGAGAAAGAGACGUCUUGCUGCCAAUGCAAGAGAACGAAGACGGAUGAACAGUUUGAACGACGCUUUCGAUAAACUCCGGGAUGUCGUGCCCAGUUUGGGAAAUGACAGAAAACUAAGCAAAUUCGAAACACUACAAAUGGCGCAGACUUACAUUUCCGCACUCUACGAACUACUCCAGCGUGACUGA